AUGCCAUUUCGAGCCGUGAUAACAGACCUUGAUGGCACCCUCCUGGAUGCUCAUCACAACAUCUCCGCAUACACUUUCGAGACACUGCAGCUCCUUAAAGAAAAGGGAAUUCCUCUUAUCUUUGCCACUGGUCGUCCCUUCCCGGAUGUCCUUCACACCAUUGAUGCCUGCGGCCUGCAAGGUGGUUACAUCAUCACUUCUAAUGGGGCUCGCAUUCACGACCCAGAACGACGCAUAGUUGUCUCACAUGAUCUGGACCCCGCCGUUGUGAAGGAACUAGUACAACUAACACUCGAUGGUGAUGAUGAUGAUGAUGAUAAUAAUAAUGUGAGCGAGGAUGGUACCACCAAGGACGCAGAUGCAAAGAAGAAGUCACCCCCAGCAUUUUCAACCAAUAUGUACCGCCAUGAUGAGUGGGUAACAAAUUACGGUGUGGAGCGUAUGUUGGCCGCCUAUGCCCGCUCUGGCUUUUCCUACAAAGUUGUAGAAGAACUUCAUACAUAUCCAAGCGAUGGAGUUCAUGAAGUAUUCUAUGUUGGACCUCACGAGAAGUUGAUAAAGUUGGAGAAUGUACUGCAGCGCCGCUUUGAGGGUUGCGGUGAACACAGUUUCUCACUUCCAACAAUAGUGGACUUUGUGCCGCCUGGUGUUCAUAAGGGCAGUGCCAUGGCACACGUGGCAUCGCUGCUUAAUAUAGAUGUUGCGGAUAUCAUUGCUUUUGGUGAUGGUAUGAAUGAUUAUAAGAUGCUGGCGGCCGCAGGAAAGGGUUGUGUGAUGCAGAAUGGACAGCAACGACUGAAGGAGGCAUUACCGCAUCUGGAGAUUAUUGGUAGUAACACAGAGGAUGCGGUUGCGAAGAAGCUACGGGAGGUGUUUGAGCUUUAA